AUGUUUUUUUGGUUAUAUUUUUCGCACGUUCUAUAUUUUUGGAGUGCCUUCAAGUCUUUUUGUUAAUAAAAUGGCCGUUAGGGCUGCAAAAAAUGGUUCGCUGUACGAAAAAUUGCACGUUUUUGCUAGCAUAAACGAGCAGUUUAACGUCUGCUUCAAACAAGUAGACGUUCAGAAAUUGAAGGAGUCUGCUAAAUGCGACGUGCUUGUGGAGUACAUCGCUAGAGAAAUGCUCGUUAUACCAUAUUACUUUGAUAUUAUAAUUGAACAGUUUCCGCGCGAGCUGCCAAGGAUAUUGCACGACGCUCUCACGUUCAAUGAUGAAUACGAAUUUAGUCAUUCCAGACACUUGCUAAAUUGCAUUCUGUUGUCUAAAAUCGUCCGACAGAGACGGGAUUUGUCUAGGUUUGCUUUAACGUAUUUUACGUCGUAUCCGGCUCCCUUCGAGACGGAAGACAAAGCGCCAGAAAAAGUUCGCAAAAUUUCUUCGGGAAAGGUGCAGGUCGAAUGCAUCGAUAUCGUGGAGGCCACUUAUUUCUUAUUAAAAAGCAACCCCGAAUUCUUCAGAGUGCGGUGGGAGUGGACUCGUUUCAUCUCGGCGUUUAUCAGUUCAUCUAGAGAUGUCCAUGUUCGCUGGUUAAUGUAUCAAACUCUAGCGCUUGCCUUGGGUUUUAACGAGCGCCGCCUGAAGCAACUGAUCUUCAACCGAAUUUCCGACGACAUGAACCUAAAUUUGACUUACCAGUUCCACGCAAAUUCGGGUUUCUCCAAAAAAAAAUGGGAAGCUCCUCCCGUCCAUCCCGUUCCGCAUUUGGCUCCAGGAAAACUAAGUAAAAACGCGCUCGUUCGCGUGGCCGACAUUUAUGUCCCGUCAGUCGGACGCGAAACAAAAGAGUUGCUAGUGGAAGUCCCCUCUACCCACCGCAAUUUGCAAAAAAUUGCUCUCGGACUCUUUUCCAACAGGGCGUUGUGCCUUCAAGGUGCGGUGGGGAGCGGCAAAACCUCGCUGGUGACCCACUUGGCGUUCAAGACGGGUAGAAAGUUGGGCGAAACCUUUAUCAAGCUGCAGCUGGGUGAUCAAACUGACAGCAAAACGCUGCUCGGCACUUAUAAAUGUACCGGUGCGCCCGGCGAGUUUGUGUGGCAGCCCGGAAUUCUGACUCAAGCGGUAACGGAGGGUCACUGGCUACUCCUCGAGGACAUAGAUCAAGCUAACGUGGACAUAGCGUCGGUUCUCGGCAACCUACUAGAGAACCAUGCCCUGACUGUGCCAGGGUACAGGGACGCCAUCCCCGUCUCUCCCGGGUUCCAACUUUUCGUCACCCAAAGACUUGUAACGACGUACAGCGGCCAUCACAAGAAACAAUCGAACACUAUGGGCCUGCUGGAGAAGCACAUCGUGCAGAUAACCGUCGAUCCUCUCCCCGACCACGAAUUGAAACAGAUCGUGACCGCCCGUCACCCGCAAUUCGACACCAUAGCGGAUCGCCUCCUGAAGGUGUUUCGCUUAUUUUCCGACGAAACGUCCUCCCCGGUCGCGUCUAAAGGCAGGCGCAUAUCGACCCGCGAUUUUUUCAAGUGGUGCUCGCGCACCGCCGUCAAUUUCGACGUCAAGAGCCAAGCGACCGCUCUCGGAGUGCUGCAGCACGCAAUCGACGUGUUUUGUUGCUCCUAUCCGAACCCCGUCGAAGCGCUCGACUUGGCCAAACAAAUCAGCACUUAUUUGGGGAUCAUUAACGAGAAGGCCGACUAUUACUUCAACACGUACAAGCCCAGUCUUCAGCUUACGGCAACGGCGUUCGUCUCCGAACGGGUCUCGUUGCCCAGGGAGCACCGGGUCUUCAAUAAGACCUCUAAGUUUUGUUUCACGAGACCCGCUUCGGUUUUGCUCGAACGCGUCAUGUGUUGCGUCCGCCUUAAGGAGCCGGUACUGCUAGUAGGCGAGACCGGUACCGGCAAAACCUCCUCCGUACAGUAUUUGGCCCAGGUCCUCGGCCAGAAGUUGGUCGUCAUCAAUAUGAACCAGCAGUCGGACUCCACGGACCUUUUGGGCGGUUUCAAGCCCGUCGACCUGAAGCUCGUCAUAGCGCCGAUCCGGCAAGAGUUCGAGGAGGUAUUCCGCGAUUAUUUCAACGUCGCGCCUAACAAGCAGUACCUGUCCAACGUAGCUCAAUGCUUCAACAAGCAACGGUACUCGGACCUGGUGAAGCUGAUGUUCAAGAGCACGAACGCGGCAUUGCGUCGUCUCACUACGGAAACGGAAACGGAAACGGCCAAACCGCAAAGCGACGUCUUCCGCGAGCGUUGGCAGAGUAUCAGGGACAAACUCUCCGCGAUCGACGCUCAACUGAAGCAAAAGAACGCGAUGGCUUUCGCGUUCGUCGAAGGCGGUCUGGUCAAGGCCGUACGCGAAGGCUAUUGGAUAUUACUGGACGAGAUCAAUUUGGCGAACGCCGAAACCUUGGACUGCCUUUCCGGCCUGCUCGAGGACGCGGACGGCACGUUUUGCCUCCUGGAGCGCGGCGACAAGGUUCCGAUUCCUCGACAUCCCGGCUUUACCAUGUUCGCUUGCAUGAACCCGUCCACUGACGUGGGCAAACGCGAUUUACCGCCCGGACUGAGGAACCGUUUCGCCGAGUUCUACGUCGACGAGCUCGUGUCCAAGUCGGAUCUGCUGUUGCUGGUGCGCAGUUAUCUGGAAGCGAUGUCGCUGAAGGACAAGGACGUCGAGAAUAUCGUCGCGUUUUACACGAGGAUCAGGCAGGAGGUGGCGACCACCCUGACGGACGGUUUGGGACACAGGCCGCAUUUCUCGCUGAGGUCUUUGUGUCGCGCGUUGACCGUCGCAUCGCGCAACCCCUGCGGCGCGUUCCGGAAGAGCCUCCACGAGGCUUUUUGUUUGAGUUUUUUGACGCAGCUCGACUCGGCGUCCUACGAAAUCGUCGAAGCGUUGGUCUUUAGGUAUUUGGUGGGGGAUAAAAACAAAGCCGCGUUGGGACAACCGAUCCCCAAACCGGACGGCAAGGAGUGUUUGCAAUUCGAAGGGUACUGGGUGGAGGUGGGUACCGAGGAACCCCGUCCGCCAUCCGACUACAUCCUCACGCGUUCGGUGAGACGGAACUUGAGGGAUCUCGUGCGCGUGGUAUCCGUAGGGAAACUUCCCGUACUCUUACAGGGCGACACUUCUGUGGGAAAAACGAGUCUCGUCACAUAUUUGGCGGCCGCGAGCGGAAACAAGUGCGUCCGCAUUAACAAUCACGAGCACACCGACCUGCAGGAGUACGUCGGUUCGUACGUCGCCGACCCACAGGGUAAACUCGUGUUCCGCGAGGGCGUCUUGGUCGAGGCGAUGCGCAAAGGGCACUGGAUCAUUUUGGACGAGCUGAACCUGGCCCCGACGGACGUCCUCGAAGCCCUCAAUCGCGUCCUCGACGAUAACCGGGAGUUGUUCAUCCCGGAGACGCAGGAAACGGUCCGCGCGCACCCCGGUUUCACGGUUUUCGCCACUCAGAAUCCUCCGGGCGCGUACGGCGGCCGGAAGAUGUUGUCCCGCGCGUUCCGUAACCGUUUCGUCGAGCUUCAUUUCGGGGAAAUCCCGGCGGACGAGCUCGAACACAUCCUGCAGAAACGGUGCCAGAUGGCGCAGAGCUACGCGAAGAAGAUGAUCGCGUGCAUGAGCGACCUGCAACGUCGCAGGAGGGAGUCGGCCGCUUUUGCCGGCAAGCAGGGUUUCAUCACUCUAAGGGAUUUGUUCAGGUGGGGCGAGAGGUACAGGUUGGCGCCGAACCAAGAGGGUCUCUACGAUUGGGACCAGCACAUGGUCGACGAGGGAUACCUGGUGCUCGCCGGGAAGGUCAGGAAGGAGAACGAGAAGAGGGAGAUCGUGGACGUGUUGCAGAAACAUUGGAAACGGGACGUGGUGCUGGAGAAUUUGUUUACGCUGCACCAAAACACGUCGACCGUCACGCGGCACAUUCUCGCUCAGCUAGAGCGAGGCGGCAACCGCUACCCCAACCUGGUGUGGACGUUUAAUAUGCGCCGUCUCGCCGUGCUCACUCAGAAAGCUUUCGAGUUCAAAGAGCCGGUCCUGCUGGUCGGCGAGACCGGCGGCGGUAAAACGACCGUCUGUCAAGUACUCGCCGACGUUCGCGGUCAGGAAAUGCUCACCGUCAACUGUCACAUGCACACCGAGAGCAGCGACUUCGUGGGCGGCCUCAGACCGGUCCGCGAUCGUACCGCGGGCGCGCUAUUCGAAUGGGUCGACGGACCCCUCCUCGAGGCCGUCAGGCUCGGUCGCUUGUUCCUCGCCGACGAAAUCUCUUUGGCCGACGACAGCGUGCUCGAGAGGCUCAAUUCGUUGCUCGAACCCGACAGGUGUCUGCUGCUCGCCGAAAGGGGCGCCGACCUAAGCGUGCGGGACAACGCCGAGCUGGUCCGGGCCCAUCCGGACUUCCUUUUCGUCGCGACCAUGAAUCCCGGCGGCGAUUUCGGCAAGAAGGAGUUGUCGCCCGCGUUGCGUAACCGUUUCACCGAGAUCUGGUGCGACCGGCAUACCCGCAGGGAAGACAUGGUGCGGAUAAUCGAACGGAGCGCGACGCGUCAUCCGAACGCGGGGUUCGGGGACAAGAUCGUCGAUUUUUUGGAGUGGUUCGGGAGUACGCGGAUCGGGCAGAGGUUCGUGGUGACCAUACGCGACGUGUUGACGUGGGUGGAAUUUAUAAACAACGUGGACGCUUUGUCCGCCUCCGCGGCGUACUAUCACGGCGCUCGCUUGGUGUUCCUCGACGGUUUCGGUUCCGGAUUGACCGGUUCCGAAAGCGUCGAGACGCUGCGCGCGUUCGAGACUGCCUGCGAGAACUUUUUGGAGAAGCAGUUCGCGCCGGAAGCGUUCCCGCGCGUGCCCGACCCUCUCGACGUCACCGUUACAGAAACUACGUUCGGGGCGGGGCCUUUUUCCGUACCCUUCGGCUCCGAGAAACCCCAGGAUGCGAAGUUUUCGUUCCGCGCGCCUACCACCCUCGCCAACGCCGUCGCCGUUCUGCGCGGUAUGCAGCUCAAUAAACCCAUACUCCUCGAGGGCAGUCCGGGCGUGGGGAAAACGAGUCUCGUCACUGCCCUGGCUAAGAUGUCGGGACAUAAAGUGUUCCGGGUGAACUUGUCCGAACAAACGGACAUAUCCGAUCUGUUCGGCGCGGACCUUCCAGUCGAGGGCGGCGCCGGCCAGUUCGCGUGGCGCGACGGUCCGUUGCUACGGGCGCUGAGGGAGGGCAGUUGGGUGUUGCUGGACGAGUUGAAUUUGGCAUCGCAGUCUGUCCUCGAAGGGUUGAACGCGUGCCUGGACCAUCGCGGCGAAGUCUUCGUCCCCGAACUGGGCAGAACGUUCCGCGUCGGCCGCGGCACCCGGUUCUUCGGGUGCCAGAACCCGAUGAGGGAGGGCGGCGCGCGCAGGGGACUCCCCAAAUCCUUCCUCAAUCGAUUCGUCCAGGUUUACGUACGAUCGUUGACCGCCGACGACACGGAGGCGAUCCUGACGGCGGAAUUUCCCCUUCUGCCUCGCGCCACCAUCGAGAAAAUGGUCGACUUUGGUCGCAGACUAAACGACGAGCUCGACAAGAGAAGAUUGGGUCACAAGGGGGCGCCGUGGGAGUGCAACUUGAGAGAUUUGACCCGCUGGUGUCAAGCGCUCGAACACGGCGACGAAGCGGACUGCCGCGACACGUUGGAGAUGAUUUUCGCGAAUCGGAUGAGAGAGCCCGAAGACCGGCGAAAGGUAGUCGAGAUUUUCGGUCGCGACGUAGUGAGGUACUCGAAAUCGGUGGUCUACGUCGACGACGACCACGUGUACUUGGGCGGGGCGCGCCUCAAGAGGGCGGUCGACGGAGUCAACGAGCACGUGCUCCGAAACCCGAGGGAAUCGUUGAUCUUGAGACGGCAAGUGGACGCGUUGCGAAGUCUGACGUACUGCGUCAACCUCAAUUGGAUGGCGAUCGUGGUGGGCGGGGCCGGUUCCGGCAAAUCGCACCUGGUGCACACGUUGGCGGCCCUCGCGGGGAAAACACUGCGCACCCUUCCCGUAACCACCGCGAUGGAUACGACCGAUAUUCUCGGCGGAUUCGAACAGACGGACUACGGCCGCCACCUGGUGGACAUCGCCAAAGUUGCGGAGCGUCGAACGUUGGAAACGGUUCAGAACCUGCUGCUCGAGGAGAAGAUCGGACGGGCGGGUCAGCUGCUCGGAUUCUUGGAGGCGUAUUUGACGGCGGACGCUCCAAAUGUCGAAGCGAAAAAGGAGGUGGAUUCGUUCCUGAAUAAGUGCAGCAAGCUGGAGGCGCUGCUCAAGGAGCUUUAUUUGAAGAGCGAGGAUCCGGCGGAGGGCAAGCACAUUCUGCACCUCAUAGAUCGUUGUGCGCAGAUACAGAAGACAGUCGCCGCGGACGGAUCAGUCAGCGCGGGGGGCAGGUUCGAAUGGGUGCACUCCGUCCUGGUUAAGUGCGUGGAGGAUGGCUCGUGGCUACUGAUCGACAAUGCGAACCUGUGCAACGCUGCGGUCCUCGAUCGGCUCAACGCGUUGCUGGAGCCCGGCGGGAUACUGACCGUGUGCGAAAAAGGCGCCGACGCCAACGGGAAAAUGUUCGAGCUGAAGCCCCACCCCGAAUUUCGCCUCUUCCUGACGAUGGACCCGAAAAACGGCGAAAUCUCGCGGGCGAUGCGCAACAGGGGCCUGGAGAUUUACGUGGAGGAGACCGUCGACGAGUACGACGUUAAAAGUCUGCUACAUUUGCGGGGGUUGUCGACGAACUCGCACCUCGAGCGCGUCCUCGACGUUCACCGCUUCGUUUCCGGGUUGAUCCUUACCGAAAAACCGGGUUUGUCCGAUCUGCUACGGUACGGGUCGCUCGUCGCCGCCCGUAUCCUGCAAGGAUUCCGCGUCCGCGACGCCCUCUACGAGUCCUUCGUCGAAGUGUACUUCAAGACGCGCUCUCGUGCGGAGUUCAACACCGCGGACGCGGAGCGGGAGGUCCGCGAUCGGAUCGAAAGAUUUUCCGAAGGCGAAGUCAGUCGCUACGAUCGUCACGUGACGUUGAACGUCGGAGAUUUGGCUGGGCGGUCGACGUUGGCGCAGGUCAUGCACCAGGCGGCCUUCUUCGAGCAGGCAAUCGCGUCCUUAAAUAGCCGUAAACGUCCGACGGCUCGGGUUCGCGCCAAAUCGUCCCUGUUGAUCUGGUCCGACCUGGAAAGACUCCGGGGCGUCGACACGGGCGAGUUUUACUUCGUCGCGAACCUGGUGGCGAACAUUUUCACCGUCACGUCGAGGAACGACCUGCCUUACAGGCUAACACACCUGCGGUCGAAGGCGGGGUCCGACGAUUGGCUCGCGUUCGUCGACCGCGUCGCCAAAGUGUUGAACGUUUUCGCCAGGGAGUGGGCGAACCUGCCCGUGGACUACAGGUGGUUGGAGGCGUGUCCGAGGACGGUAGCGGACGGCUCGAUCGGCGACUCGCUCAAUUUGGCCGUACAAAUCGAGAUACACAAGAUGGCCGACGCGAUGGAGGCGAAACGCGCCGGCAGAAACAGUCUGCUCGCGUACGUGGCGCAGAGGCAAAUGAAGUCGGUGUCGAAUGUUCUAGACGCGCCGAUACUCGACCUUUAUCCGACGUUGCAGAAGGAGUUUUACGUCUACCUCAGGCAGCUCGCGAUCGAUCUGGGGACGUUGUCGCCCGACGACUACGUCGACUUGGUGCUGUGCUUAAGUUGGCGCCAGUGUCUACACUCGUUCGUGGCGACCGUGGAGUUUCAGCCUGGCGGGUACGCGAACAAGUUAGUAGCGUCGAGCAAAACGAACGCCCUCGCUGUCGCCUACCGCUGGUUCUACAAGUACGCCGUGGUGCGCAUGUCCGAAAAGAUAGGCGGUCGUAUCCCCGACUCCUUGACUAGCGUCUUGAAAGUUCUGAACCUAGCGGUUGACAAACAUCGUCCGCUAAUGCACAAAACAAGCAAAAUUUACCGAAAAUGCGACCACGUGCCCGCCCAUUUUCAAAGCGAGGACUACAGGCACGGCUUGGAGCUGAUUGACGGCUUCGAAUCAGGGGCGCAGCCUCUGUCGUCGCAUGCCAGAACCGAGCUGAUCGAAUUGCAGCGUCGGCUGCACUCGGAAGAGUUCGACGACUCGCGUUUAGAAACGCUGAAGUCGCUUCUGCGCGACGACGACGUCCCGUCGCUGCGAGAAACCCGAAUCGCGCCUGUGCUGAAGGCGUCCACCCACCUGGUGCUGUUGAAUGCUCUGGUCCGCAUCGAACGCGGAGAUCCGUUCGAUUCGGAGCGCGUCGUAGCCGAUCCCCAGGUGCCUGUCGCUCUGGGUGGCCUGCUAGCCCUUUACGGCCGAACUUUGGACCCGAGACUGCUUCACCAGAUCAGGAAGUUGUAUUUCGCGACGGGAGUGGGUGAAAAAGCUCCGCCCACAGGUCUGAACCCGACCGCUACGACUGCCGCGUGCACUCUACUGUCGUCCGAUCGAAUUACGACCUUGGAGAACUACGGAGCCGCCGUCGAAGAACACGGAAAGCUUUCGGCGUGUCUUUGGAAGAAUUUCCGUGCGGCAGGAAACGAGUCGUUCGAUUUCUUAGCCCUCCACUUGGAAAUAUUGACCGCCCACGUACGCACGUUCUUCGAUCGCCUGCAAAAGGCGCUAGAUACCAAAUUCUGUGACUUGGAUGCGCCGCACUUCAGCGCCUCCGCGCUAAAAGUGGACGCGGACUUCGCGCUCUGCGCGCGCGACAUCUAUGACGCGUUUAUAUCGGUCGCAACCACCUUGGGUAUGGAUUCCAAGAUGCGCGUCGUCGCCGACCUUCACAUCGGCCUAGGCUACGCCCGAGCUUACUUGCAUUCCCGCCUACCUUCCGUCGAUCCACUAGCGAAAAAAGCGAUGAAAACUGUACACCUAUCCAAAGUCAUCGGCAUGUUCGGUCAGAUGAAGAGGAGUUUCGAGGUGCAACGUGACGUACUGGGCGUGGCUCAUCCAUAUUUGGACGCCCUCCACGCGGCAGCGACCAAACUGGAGCACAAGAUUGACGAAAUGACCGAGGGCGUGGCCGUCGGCCCGAAAGAGGUUCUCUACGACUACGUCGUCCAGCAAAUUCGACACGCGUUCGACAACAUCUUGAACGCGACGCUGCUGAAAAAUAACCGAGAAAUCAACGAGUUACUAAACGGGAUCGACGAUGAGGAGACGAGGAACGGCUUGAAGACGCACAUCGGCAAAAUGGAGGCUUUGAUACCGUGCGUCGAGACCAUCGUCAACGAUUGGAAGCCGUAUCGGUACUCGUAUCCGGAUGUGUUCGAACCGUUGCUGAGCAACGUCGCUCAGCUUCUCUACGGCUUGAAAAUCAAACUGUUCGUUUGCAAGCGUCGCAUCCACCGAGCGGUACAGUUCGAAGAGCUCGCGAUUGCUUCGUUGCAAUUCCCGUCGCCGAAUCCGGACGAUUCUAGUAGGCGUGGACACGUGUUCGACGGCCCGCAGACCGACGCUUACAUCAAAAGAAGACGAAUAGGACUGUUAAAAUGCGCAAUCUACGAGAGCUUCAAUCUCUGUACGAUCGACGCGCGCACUCACGGCGUGUUGACGGAUCGCUUGAUGACGCACUUCAACCGUCUCGUGGACGAGUUCGUCAGUUCGUGGAACGCGCAGAAAGAUGAGGAGGAACGCAAGCAAAAGGAGGCGGAGUCAUUGUACAAGACGAGGACCAGGUGCGACGAGAAGUCCGAAGAGGCGGAGUCGCACGAGGAGUUCCUCCAACUGUUCCCCACCACUUUCGAGGAGGAUUUUCCGGACUUUCGCAAGUCCGAAGAGCCCGCGGACGAGUCACCCCCGCGGGAAACUAAUCACCCAUCGUCGGCCAUGACCGAAGACGACCUCGCCUGCGUGGUCGACCUUCACGCGAAGCUAGUGAGAAAUUUCACGCGGACCGAGUGGUUGGCGCCCGAUACGACCGAUAAAAAACUCAUUCCGGACGUUUUGACGCCUUUAGUUGAGAAAUACAAACUGCUACAGGAGUCGUUGACCGAUAAGACGUCCCUGAUGGGGUAUUACGUAGACGAAGCCCUCGUAGGUGGGUUGAUGGUAGUCACAAAAGCGUCGAAGGAGGUAUACGGUGAAGUAGGACAUUUAGGCGAGACAAACAAAGACUUCUACCAUGAUCCCAACGUCGGCGAAGUCGCUCAAUGCCACGGCCUGCUCAAAGAGCUCCGGGCGAAGGUCGCCAACCUUUUGGAGCAGUGGCCCGGGCAACCGACUCUUCAUUCCAUUCUCGUCAUCGUGGAUCGUAUCUUGAACUUCGAGGUCACGAGCCCGGUGUCCAGGUACCUCGCCGGUCUCGAGCUGCUCCUCGACAAGUGCUACGAGUGGGAACAGGUGGCUCAUUCGGGCGUCAGCGUUAGCGAGUUCUGCUCCGAUCUCAUCGGCCGGAUCAUCACCUGGAGGAAGCUCGAGCUGAACAAAUGGAAAGAUUUGCUUAACGGCGCUUACGAAAGAUUACAGCGACCGUUGAUAAAAUGGUGGGUGUACUUGUACAACGUCACCGAUCAGUACGCGGCUGGGAACCAGUCGAACACUAGCGAAUUGAUCGAAACGUUGAAAUGUUUCGUGACCACGUCGUCGAUUGCCGAAUUCGAGGGUCGUGUGGAACUCUUGUUCGAAUUCCAUUGUCGCGCUGCCGUUUCGGGGCCAAGAGAUUUGGCGAACGCGCUCUGGAACUUGUGGAACUACUACAAGCAAUUCUACGCAGGCGUCAAGGCUAAACUCAAAGACAUGAGGGCGCCGAUCGAGAAGAAAAUCAAAGAUUACUUGAAGAUCGUGAGGUGGAAGGACGUCAAUUACUGGACCGUCAGGGAUACUAUUCAGAAGUCGCACAAGACGCUGCACAAGUUCGUCAGAGAGUAUAGGCAAAUCCUGCUGAGGCCCGUUUCCCCGUACCUGGUGUCCGCCUUCGCGGACAGUUCGCCGGAAACGAUCGGAAUUUGGGACAGGCCGCUGCGUCAGAAUCCAAAAUUGUACCAUUACCUAUCAGACAUGGACUCGUACUUGGUAAAAUCGCCCCCCAAAGAUCGCCUACUGACCACGUCGCGCAAACUGUGCAAGGAUCUGAUUUCCGGCGCUCAAUAUCCGACUCUUCUGCGUAAUCUGGACGCGUUCGUUGGCCACGUGAUCGACAACGCAGCACGUCUACGUAAUUUAGAGGUGGACGCCACCGCAUCGCCCGACAAGCGCAAAUCCCAAGCGAAGGCGAUCCUGCGACAAAAGCAGCUUGCUCUCGCCGAACUGUUCAAGAGUCUGACCAAAAUGGGGUUAUCGUACAAGGCGGGGCUAGUCGAGGCGAAUGCUCGAGACCCCGAAAACGAUUUCGUCGCCGACCCCAUCGACUUGGAAGCGUGUCUGAGCCACGUCGGUUACCAUCGCGGCGACGAGAAGAUUCUGACCAUCUGGGAGCACUGUGAGACAUACUACUACCGAUGCCUCGUCCGGUUCGACGUUCUGGCGGAGGCGCUGAAGGCUCCGCUGUCGGAAUUCGGGUUGGGGAACAUCGAGCGGUGUCGCGGCUACGCCGCCCACCUCAUGGCGUCGGUGCGCAAGCAAAAGAGACGACUGACCGCGUCGACCCGCCUCUACUAUCGCCUGCGAGCGCGUUCUAAACAAUUGAACCAGACGUACGACAAAGUAGAACGCGCCGACUCCGCCCACUUGUCCGACCUGAAAGCGGCGCUGACGCACGCAGCCGUUGCGGCGCGCGAAAUAAAGCUCGUACUCGAUUCGCGUCCAUCGGACGACUGCCUAGCCGACAUCGACGUCCCGGUACUGGACCCGAAUGCUUGUCAGAACGACGCCUAUUGGAAGGAGGCGGAGCGAUGCGUGGACGGUAUAACAUCUUCCGUCGCGACCGUAUCUAACUCCAUCUCAAAAACUGACCCGGACGUACCCGGUGACGUCUCCGCGACUCGUCUCCGCGCUUUCGUCGACCGUGACGUUUUCGAUCGUGAGAUGACGUCACUUAUCGACUACGUAGGCGAACUCGAACGACAUCUGACGCCGUCGACCCCCGCGAGGGGCGUGGCCGUCUUAAAGGACCGAUUAAAACGCGUCGUUGCCGAUUGUCGACACGUGCCAGAGCCACAAGAGGCGGACCUGACGCGCCUCCACGCGGAACUCACGGCUACCAUCCAGCUGGUGUUCCAGAAGUUGUACAAAAAGCACCGGGAUGGGCAUCCCGACGACUCCACCGAUGCGGAUCUCCGCGACGACCAUCUCAAGACUCUGAUCGUGGGCGAGUUGACCUCCGACGUGGCCGAUCUCGAUCUGGAACGCCUCCUCCGUACUGCGGAUAAGCUGCUCGACGCGACCUCGAAGUCACCUACAAAAGGGGCGUGCCCGAUGCUCGAGCAACUCCUGCUGCUCGCUCAGUAUUUCAUCACGCAGCAGGUGUCCGCGUACAGGAUCACGUGCAAACUGACUUCGACGCUGCUGAACAUUUUCGUCGAGCUCGUCUCCAAGGGAUUCUGCGUGCCGCCCGAGCUGUCGUCGGAAAAGGACGGCGAGGGGCAGAGGAAACCGUCGGACGGACUGGGUUUGGGUGACGGUCAAGGCGAGAAGGACGUCUCCGACAGGAUAGAGUCGGAGGAUCAGCUGGAAGACGCGCGUCCUGCUGGAGAACGUGACGAAGGCGACGAUUCCGACUGCGAGGAGGCCGGCGACGGCGUCGAAAUGAGCGAAGAUUUCGACGGGCGCAUGCAAGAUAAGCGACACGACGAAGACGACCAAAGUGAAGCCGAUUCGGAUAGGGAGGAGCAAAUGGGCGAGACGGAGCGCGGCGCCGACGAAUUGGACAAGGAGAUCUGGGGAUCGGACGAAGAGAACGAGGCGGACGGUGACGAGAAUGAAGGGAGUGGCGACAGGGGUGAAGAAAAAGACAAGGGCAAGCUUGGUGCGAAAGAGGACAAAUCGGGCAAAACCGGGGAUCCGCAAGAAGACGACGAAGAGGCCGGCGGAGACGACGAGAGGGACGAGUUUCAAGACCAAGGAUACGACGACCAGCAAGUGGAUCCCUACCACGGGAACCAGCCCGAGCUACCCGAACCGGAAGCGAUGGACCUGCCUGACGAUCUUCAGUUGGACGACGGCGAAGGCAAGGAAGACGACGGAGAGGAAGUCGCGUUCGAAGAAGGCCCGGAUAAGGAGCCGACCAAUCCUGACGAACCGGCCGGUGACGACAAGGAGGAGAAACUCGACGACAGAGAGGUAGAAUUUAGCAGCGACGACGAGGAGGUUAACGGGGACGAAAAGGACAACGCGGUCGAAGAAGAACGACCGGUCGACGAGGAAGGCGUGUCCGGUAACGAACCACAAGCGGAGGAAGGUGACGCGAACGGCGAGGAGAAAGAUAACGGCCACGCCCCCGACCAAAACCCUUCGGGCGAGGACGGCGUCGAAGCUAUGGACGCGGAAAAUUCCGAAGCCGUCGAUAAGACGCAAGCGGCAGCGUCCGAGGAUCUCCGGUCCGAAAAACCGGACGAUAGGAGGGGCGAAUCGAAUGACGACGGUCUGGGACAGUCGGAAAUGGAGGAGAACGCUGCCGGACAUUCGGCGUCGGCGUCGAACGCGCGGCAGCUAAAGAACGCGGAAUCCGGUCUCGACGAGGAGAAAAAGCGCAGACCCGGCAAGUCGGAUUCGAAGAGGAGCCUGGGGGACGCGCGACACCCGGCGAUGAAGAAACGGAAGACGUUGGAAGCGAAGCAGUCCGCGGAGGAGCAGGAGGAGGAGCCGACCCGAAACGACGAUAAAACGGACCUUUUCGAGCAUAUGGCGGACGCGGGCGACGAGGCACCGGCUCAGGUGGUAGACGCGGCGACCGACGAGCAAAUCGAACAACGACGCGGAGUUUUGCACGACGAAGAAGACGACAAGGAGGAGAAGGACGAAAGCGAGGUGCGAGAAGAUCGACCUAUGGAAGUCGACGAAGAGGCGGAGACAAAACGCGGCGAGCCCAAAGAUUCGAGGGACAAGGGCGGCAAGGCGAAGGACCAUCGCGAGAGUGACGUCACGGGUGAGUUUCAAGACGACGCCGCAAUAGAGGGCGAGAGGGUGCGUACGACGACGGUGGCUCGCGGCACCGAUUCGUACCAUCACACGCGAUACGACACCGAGAGAGAUCCGGUGACCAGCGUCGAUCCUCGGGAAGCGCUUCGGUUACGGUCGGAGGUCGAAGCUCAGCUCGCGGCGAAGGGCUGGUCGCCCACUUCGCCUGACGCCGAUAGGGCGUGGCAAAAGAUCGCGUCGUUGACGGCGAGCCUGGCGCAGGAUUUGUCCGAGCAGUUGCGUCUGGUGCUCGAGCCGACGCAGGCGAGCCAACUGCGCGGCGAUUUCAGGACCGGGCGCAGAAUCAACAUGCGCAAGAUCAUUCCUUACGUGGCGUCGCAGUUCCGCAAGGACAAGAUCUGGCUGAGGCGGACCAAACCGUCGAAACGCGAUUACCAGAUCGUGCUAGCGAUCGACGACUCGUCGAGCAUGGACGACAGCCACUCGAAGGAGCUCGCGUUCGAGAGUGUCGCGUUGAUAUCGCGGGCGCUCUCGUUACUCGAGAGCGGACAGCUGGGCGUGGUCAGCUACGGCGAGAAAGCCAAGGUGCAUCACAGCCUCGCGGAGCCGUUUACUAACGAAAGUGGCGUCGAAUUGCUACAGACGUUGAAGUUCGACCAGCAGCGGACGUGCGUCGGCAAUAUGGUGGAAUUCGUGACGGAACUGUUCGAAGUGUCGCCAUCUAGCGGGAGCGGUCGCAGCGCAAAGCUGUUGCUCAUAGUUAGCGACGGAAGGGGUAUAUUUUCCGAAGGCGAGACAUACGUCAGACGAGCUAUAAGAAAGGCGAAGCUCGCCGGUAUAUUUAUGGUGUUCGUGAUAGUCGACAGUCCCAAAAAUAAUGACUCAAUUUUGGACAUAAGGCAGCCGGUGUUUAAGGACGGGAAACUCGUGGAGAUGAGGUCCUACAUGGACGCGUUCCCGUUCGGUUUUUACGUCGUUCUCAGGGACAUCGACGCGUUGCCGAGCGUGCUGAGCGAUGCGCUUCGUCAAUGGUUCGAAAUCGUGUCGAACGUCGACGCUUUACUUUGUUAAUAAACGAAU